ACAUGUAGAAGGAAGAAGGAAGAAGUAGAACCAACGCUGAGUGAAAUUACAAAUCUACCCUUUUCUUCAAUUCUCUGAUAAUAAUCUCUCAUCUCUCUGUCUCUCUCUGAUCCAAAAUCCAAAACUCUGUUACUUUUUCAUGCAAAUUGCAAUCAAACAAAGAACGAAAGAGAAGAAUUUGACAAAGGAAACUACGCGUUUGAUUGAUUUGAUGGCAUAAGACCAAAAUAGCACGGUUGCAUUUGAUUUGAUUGAUUUAUUUGUGUUGGGUUUGAAGCAAAUCUGGCAACUCUUGGGGGAUUGAGAGCUCGCUCUUCGUUGAAGCAACCUUCUCCUGAUUUCAACGACGACGACGAGGAGUGUCGGCCUUGGCGUCGCCGAUUAACCAUGGCUUUCUCCUGGGCCUCCGCCCUCAGGAUCACCCUUUUCGUUCUCCUUCUCGCCGCUGUUGUCAUCGCUUGUUUCACUCUCCCUGUCGAAAAGAUGAUGAAGGAUUUCUUGUUAUGGGUUGAUCAUGAUCUUGGGCCAUGGGGUCCACUUGUUCUGGCUGUUGCUUACAUUCCUUUGACUGUCUUGGCAGUUCCAGCUUCAGUACUUACUCUUGGCGGUGGUUAUCUUUUUGGGCUUCCAGUGGGCUUUGUUGCUGACUCUAUUGGUGCAACUUUAGGGGCAGGAGCUGCAUUUAUUCUUGGUAGAACGAUUGGAAGAUCAUUCGUUGUUUCUAAGUUGAAGGACUAUCCACAAUUUAGAUCUGUGGCAAUUGCGAUUCGCCGAUCUGGCUUUAAGAUUGUAUUACUGCUGCGGCUUGUUCCACUACUUCCAUUUAAUAUGUUAAAUUAUCUUCUGUCGGUGACUCCUGUUUCAAUUGGGGAAUACAUGCUGGCUUCGUGGUUAGGAAUGAUGCCAAUAACUCUGGCACUUGUAUAUGUUGGAACUACUCUUAAAGAUCUUUCUGAUGUGACACAUGGUUGGAGUGAGUUCUCAAAGACUCGCUGGGCGUUUAUCGUUUUUGGCCUCGUAGUAUCGGUGGUUCUUAUGGUAUGUGUGACUAAAGUUGCCAAAUCUGCUUUGGAUAAAGCCUUGGCCGAAAAUGAAGAUAUUGAUGGGUUAACUUCCUCGCCGGAGUUACCGAUUGUGGCUGAAACAUCUUCGGAUCUCAGCCAUCCUCUCAUAAUCAAGAUAGAUCCCACUGACGAAAAUCAUGAAAAAUAAAUUUCUUUUUUGUGUAAAUUCUUCCUUCUUGCUCUCAAAAUCCCAAAAGCUAUGCUUUUUCAUUUAACCUGGUCUUAUUUAUUUAUAAUUUGUACAGUUCCAACAUUAGAAAUUUAGUUUGUCACAGAAGUGGUUAAUCCUACAGCGGUAUGACAUUAUUGGAGACUGUAUCUUUUUGCCAACAGAGAGAAAGUUCAUGCUAUGAACUUGUGAAUCUCAUUAUUUUUUUGUUAUAACCCAUGAUGUUGACUUUAUAGUGCUUUGGACAUUUUCUGCACUAAAGUUAAGCACUAGUAGUGUGAUGAAAGAUAGUUUGAAUCAAA